GCCUUCCGCAUGGUCUUCCGCUACUUUCGUUAUCCCGUUCAAUCCUGUUCGAGGUUCGGAUCCGAUUUGGAUUAUCUCUUGCACUUUGAUCGGGUUGGUGUACACCGCGGUUUGGUGCCAGCAGUCCGAACAAACAGAUUUCAUGCGUGCGUGAGAAGGAAAAGCUACUGAGGGAACGACCAGCGUUAUGAGUGCCGAAGCCGCGACGACAGAACCGCCGGACGCCUCCAGUCGAGAUAUGGAGUCGGUGCGGUUCUCCUCCAAGGAGGGACUGCAGCUCGACACUGGCAGCUCGAGUACUCUGCAGGAGCAAGCCGACUUCCCAGAUCUGCCCACACCGUCGGAAGGCAGUGUCAUCACGCCGGAUGCGUCGAUGCUCAACUACUUCCAGUUCGACGACAGCUUUGCCAACGACCUGGACACCCGGGACCUCAUUGUCAAAGUGGACAACCCGGAGAAGCAUUCAGGCACGCUGGAUUCCUACGUCACGUUCAGAGUCACCACCAAUACGACACACAGUGACUACGACGCUCACGAAUACAGUGUACGGCGGCGAUACAAGGACUUCCUCUGGCUGAAGCAGGCAUUGGAACGUAGCCACCCAGGGUGCAUUAUUCCGCCUUUGCCGGACCGGUCCGUCCUGCAGCAUCGCUUCUCGCAGGAAUUCCUCCGCUUCCGAAUGCUCGGACUGCACCAGUUUCUGAACCGUGUGGUGGAGCACCCCUCCCUGUGCACGGAGCCAAGCCUCAAGCUCUUCCUCACCGCAAAGCCACACGAGUUUGCGGCCCGUCGUCAGCAGUCUGGCGGUCUGGGGGCCAACGUGGCCGGGGCCCUGCAGAGCCUGGCUGGGCCCUACCUGACCAGGGGGACUUCGGCCCCAGAGGGGGCCCCCGUCUAUGCGCAACUCUUGGGGGACAAGCUUGCAUGCACCGAGCGCAUUGCCUUGCGCAUUGCCAGGGAGCAGAUGGAACACUCCGGGGAGCUGUCGGAACUGCACGCGGCUUUCACGCUGUGGGCGGGCUCGGAGAACACCCUGGGUCCGUCUCUGGAGGCCUUGGCUUCGGCUCUGGACCAGUGCUCGGCUAGUCACAAGGAGGCCGCCCAGGUACUGCAGUCCCGCUGUGUUCCCGGUCUGCACGAGCAGACUUUGCUGGUGGAGUCCGUCAAGGAGGCUCUUCAGCGAAGGUGUGCGGCGCAGGCUGAAUACGAACUCGCCAAGGAGACGCUCGCCAAAGGCAAACAGGAGCACCAGCAACUGCAGAGUCCCGCGUCGGGCGGACUUUCCCUCGACGCCCUCCUGAGGAGGGACACCGCCCAGUAUCGCAAAGACAAGGCGCAACGUCUCGAGUCUUCUCUGCAGCAGCAAGAAGAACAACUGGAGCUGAGACGAGGUCAGCAGGAAGGGCUGAGCAAGCAGUUGGAUGGAGAGCUACAGCGCUGGGAAGAGCACCGCCAAGGGGCGCUCCGCAAGGUCUUCCUCCUCUUGGCCGAGCAGCAGCUGCAGUGCCUCCAACAGUGUCUUUCUGCUUGGGAGGGAGCCCUGGUCGCCCUGCGCAAACCCGACUCGGACGGCACUGCGGACGCUUCCACGUGAAUCGGUUCCUCCAGAAGCUUUGUCGUAACCCCGAAAGCCCCGACGGUCAUGCAUGGAACGAGAAACAUUCCACGGGACGUUUCCCACUUUGCUUCCGCCCUUUUUUGUAGUUUCUGACCGAGUGAGAACUGCAGGGAAAUCUCGCGGCUCUUUGGCCUCCAUCGUGGGCUUCGUUCCUUCGAUAACGCUUCAACGUCUCGUCAGCUUCGAGCGUGCACGUUCUCAUUCUGUCACCGACUAUAAAGAGACAACUUCUUGGUGCUUUCCCGGAGCGUGGCUCGGGUGGCCUUCUUCGGGGGCCGUCCUUGUCCUUGAUGGAAUUUGCUGUUGUGAUUUUAGUAGCACCGUGGCGAGUAGGAAUUGUAAUAGGACGGCCUCGGAACCAGUUCCACGGUCUGGUUAGUCUUUCGUAUGUGCAAUGGAAUAGGAAUUCAAAUAAAACGUAUUUGGUGCGUUGUU